GGUGAGCAGUGAAGAUGUCUAAAGUGGAAUUACCCAUUACUGGCAUUUCUAUUAGUAGUAUUAGUGAUGUCACUAAACUACCAUCAGUGGCCACUGGUCGUAGUUCCUUGGUGGCCUCACCCUCCUUACCAAAAGCUCAUUGUUAUACACAUAAAGAAAUAGCUGGGAAUUGGGCACUUGAGCUCAGAACAAGGUACUGUUUUAAGAUAUUAACAAAAUGUAUUGGAUUUGAAGAUAAAUUUAUGAAAAUAAUUUAUUAAUUUGACAUUUGAUCCCAUGCCUGACAAGUUGCUAUUUGUUUGAAGUGACUUUAUAAUAAAAGUCUAUUCUUAUUACAACUCAAUAUAACCAUACCAUGUGAACCUCUUUUUAUUAAUAGACCAUACCCACCCAAACUUAGCAUCAUGCUUAUUAAGACUAAGAUUGUUUUGAUUUAAAACCAAAUUUAGAUACUUAACUAAUUUAUUAAAAAACAUUUUUUGAAGUAAAUUUUGCAUUUAUUUUAACUUGGUAAUUUCUUUCUUUAUAUCCAUUCAGAAUUAAUGAAAGCAUAGAAUGUCAUGAAGAUGUCAAUGAAGAUGAUAUCAUGACACUUAAAAAAGAAUUAAUUGCUAUUUUUAUUACAACCCUUCAGGCAGACAGGUGAUUUAUGCUUAAGAAUUUGCAUUUCUAUUUUUAGCAUUAGUUAAUAAUAAUUGACAUUGUUGAUUAUUGAAAUAUUAUUAAAAAAGAAAAAUAAUUAAUUUUGGACUUUGGAUGAAAGCAUUUCUUAAGGAUAUGUGUUCCUGAAAACUGUUAGAAAGAAAAAAAUUAUUAAAUUCCUUUUCAGUCGUAAAGAAUGGAGUGUUUUUGUAGAAAUACUUGCCCUUUUGGAACCUUACAAAGAAUUCUUUGACUAUUUUGAAACAAAAGCUGAGGUAUUUUUUCAAUAUUAAGUUUUUCAUCUGUAUAAUGUUCUUAUUAGCUGUAGUUAGUUUACUCAAUUCAAGCUAUCUUUUUAUUGAUCAUAUGAUACUUAACAGUAAAAGAUAUUUGGUAUUUUGGAACAAGAAGUAUGCAAUAUAAGUUACAAGUUCUACUUAGGUUUUCCUGACAUAUAUUUAUUUUUCACUUCUUAAGUUUCAUCAUUACUUGGAACGAGUCUUGUACCAUGUGGAAUUCCACAAAGAAAAGUUGUUUGAUCUACACAUUGAGACAAAUCUUAUAAGAGUCUUCCCAGAGGUAAGAUGACUUUGAUCAUAAUUAUUUCUUUAAUUAUCGAUUUCUUUAAAAACCCUGCUAGUUAAAUAAUACGAACGAUGGAGACCACAAUUAUAUAGAAUGUAACUUUGGGGAAGUGAGAGUCUAAAUCCACUGCCCUAUAAAAUUUAUUUUGGUGUCACAUGCUGUAUAUAAAAAUCAAUUAAUUUUGUCAUUCAAUUUGUAUUUUAACAAUUAGCUCAGUUCAUCUGUAAUAUUUCAGUGUGAUGAUUUCUUAAAAAUUCCAAAACUCAUAGGUGAUAAAUAUAUAUUUUUUUUCCCCAUGAAUUGCUAGCAUGUCAGACAACUCAAAGCCAAAGGAUUAGCCCCUGCAAAAAACUACUGCAUUGUUCCACCUCUUACACAAGGUUUGGGAACUCCCAGCCGCAUGAUAGCCAUGAGGCAGCAAGAUACUGUACCAUCAAAAUCACACCUGAAUCCAAGAAAUUUGUUACCAGAUGGAACUAAUCCUUACUCCUCUUACAUUCCUGUAAGAUUUGAAAAUAAAAAAACUGAUAAUUCUGUAAUUUAAAUGAGAGUUUACUUAUAGUUUAAAAACAAAUUUCUGCAAUGAUAUUAGUCACUAAACAUUUUGAGUUCAAAUUUUGUCAAAAUUUAGUUUUUAAAAUUAUUAUUCAAGAUGGAGGGAUUUCCAAUAUUCUCUAUUUAAUCUCUAAAACAUCUAAUUAAUAGAAAAUGCAUUUUUUCCCAUGAUCAAAUUAAAAUUUUCAAUACUAUGUGUCCCCCUUAAAACUCUUACCCUCCUUUCAAUAAAAUUUGAAAAAAGCUGAAUUAAAAAGUAUAGAGACUUAAUGAUUUGACUUGAUUAUUAAAACAAAAUCAUCAGCGAUAUAAGCUACUUCAAGUGGUUAAGCAUUCAAAUUAUGUAAUUUAAAUCUUGCUUCUUACUAAAUAAAUUAGUAAAGUUUAACAUUUGAAAUUUUGUUAAGACGGACAAAGAGAUAGUAGGAGCAAAAAGUUUAACUAUCAGAGACAUCAGCAAGUCAAUGGGAGCUGUUGCUUUAGAAAUGGCUGCCAGUAAGUACAAUUAAGUAGAAGCUCGCUCUGUAGACAUUUAGAUAAAUUACAGUGAUCAUUUAAAAAACAAAAUGUGUAUUAUGGAUAUGUUAAUGAGUUAAUUAGGAUAUUCGUUCUUUUAUUUCAUCAUUUACUUGUCAAUAUAAAGUAUCGACUGUUUGAAUUAAAUUGUUUCUAUUGAAUGGAAAUAAAACAAAAUAAUUAAUUGUAAUUGAAAUGUAGGAGAGUCUAUUUGGAAUCAUACACUUGGCACAACUGCUCUGGCACUGGCCACAGAUCUCCCAGAGGAGGUCAGUUAAAUAGUUAUCACUUAAAAUGAAUAAUUUAUUAUGAUAAUUAAAUUCAAUAAUCAAUUUUUCCUGCUAAUGAUUUGAACUAUUUGAAUAACAAGAAAUGGACUGAGAACUGGAACAUUUCUUUUAUAAUUAUUAAUAUACACGUGAUUUGAUGGGACUAACUCAUCUAAAAUUGCCGGGGGGAUUGGACGCUGCUCUGAUUGAUCAUCACUGGUAAACUGCUGAGUUAUCCUUUUAACUAUUAAAAAUUCUGUGAUGAACACAUUUAUUUCAAAUCAUCUAUAACCAACAUUUUGAAUGCUUUACUGGUUUCUGAGUAUAGGAAUUUAAAAAAUACCCCCCUAACUGCAUAGCAUUUCAAUUUAUGAAAAAAUGUCUCUGAUUAUUUAUUAAGGAAAAAGAUGCAACUCAGGAUGAGCCCAGCUCUGUAAGAAAAAGUCUACAUGUAUUGCAGUUGUCUUCUAGAAAAGAAAAAACUCCUCGACCUGUUCCAAAUGUAAGUAUUUUUGACAAACUUCAGAAAGAACCAAUAUAUAUAUAUAAAAUUAUAACUUUAUGAAAUUGAAAUAGUUAUUUUAUAAGUAACUUUUUAACUUUUUAUUUUCCAUUCAACUCUAAGCAAUAGUAUAGUUUACAUGUCACUGCAUCCAAAAGCUUUUUUAAUGGAAAUUAACUUUUCAAUUUUUAAACAAAUUUGAAUAAUUAUCAAUUUUGUCAUCACUUAACUAAAUGCUUCUAAAACAGAUGCAAGAAGAGGUUCUAGUGAUGAAUGGGAGAGAAGCAGUUCAGUACUUUACAAGUUGCUACCACAUGGGUCAAAUCAAAUCCCUUUACCUUAAUCUUGCCACAAACAAGCACUAUAGACCUUAUGAUCUAAUCUCUGUGCCUAAAUCUAAGGUCAGUUAAUUUUAUGCAGGAGUAUAUCAUUUAUAAAAAUAUACUUUCACCCUGUAUAUUGACUUCACAACUUUACCUGGAGCAGAAAAAUGAAAUACUUUCAAAAUAUAGGAUAAUUCUGCCGGAGUACAUAUUACAUAAACAUUCAAAAUAAUUAAGAUUUUAUUACAGAUAGACAAAUAAGAUGAAAAAUGCACCUGUCAAGAUGUUAACAAAAGAACAUAUAAGGAUUUAUUAAGCCUGGGCUUUGUAACCUUUUUACAAUACAGAACCCCCUAUAGUUUUCAAAACAUUUUCCACACCAAUAAAUCAAAUUCAAAGUAUAUGUCCCACAGCCCCCACUAUAAAAAUUACUAAUAAAAAUGUAAAUAAACAUGGGUCUUCCCACACCCCAUACAAUACCCCUUAAUUAAGCAAUGAUAUACAUUUAUUUCAGAGAGUCAAAGGUAAAAGCUUGAGAUGGAAAGCUGUUUAGAAGCUCAGCACAUUUGACUAAAGCACAAGACAACAAUAUUCUAUUAAUGUCUUACAACUCAUUUUCUAAAUUUAAACAUCUUUUAUCACAUUUAAUAGAAGUAUGAUGUGAUUAUAAGAUAAUUAUUAUUUAAUCACUUGUUUUGUAAAGAAAAGCACAGCAAUCCUACUUAUAAUUUUCAUCCUGACAUACUUGCUUUUUUCCUUCUUUCCCAUUGCUAAUAGGCUAAUCCAGAGCACUAUGUCUUUUCAACAUUUGGAGUCUUGCAUGUUUACCCAGACCAGGCUUCAGAAAGUUUGACACUAGCUGAGUGGCAGCGAGAAGCAGUAUUAUGGAAUGCUAUAUCAAAUAUCCCCUUUUUCAAGAAUUAUCUCAUUAGGAAAGCUUUUCACAGGUAAAUACUAAUACAGUAGUAAAUUCAAGGGAGGCAAUUAGUAAAGUACCAUCCUCCUCCCCUGUACAUAGAUAAACAGAAGUGAAGUAAAAUUUUUAAAAGAUAUAAAUACAUUUUUUUUUUCACACUGCACUAUUGUUUCUGAAACUUUUAUUUGAUCAGCUGUUGUAUUAGCUCACAAUGUAGCAAAGUUCUUGUUUAUAUUUUGGUGGGUUCAUGGUACUUUUGUUUUGGGUCAUGCAAAAAGAAAUGAGAGAUAUACACUUAGUUAAACCCUCAUAUUUCUUUGGAUGAUUAAUUAAAACCAAAACAUCUCAAAUUUUGUAUCAUCAAUCAAUAUUUCAGGUGGAAAACAAAUCACCAAUUCACAGAGUUUCAGAGAAGACAAAGACAAGUUCUGUCAAAUUUAUUAUCAGCCAUGCCACCCUUUGGAGCUGCACUGUUGCAGAUUUCUCAGUAAUAAUAAUAAUAAUAAUAAUAAUAAAGUUCAUUUCAAAAACACGCUUCAUCCCCAAGGCUCGAAGCGCGGUACAAAGUCAACGAAAUACAAAUCUAUAAUUUACCACAUUUAAAACAAACGCAACACUCCAAAAACUAAUUACUAGCAUACAAUUGCAGAGUCUUUCUAGCCAUUUCAACCCCAAGCAACACAGCCAUUAUGCAUUAACUGGAAAAUAAGGUUGACAACCAUCCCAGAAGGUGUUUGCGAAAUAGAUGUGUCUUUAAAUCUGUUUUAAAGGACUCCAGUGUCUGAUUGUUUCUGAGAUCGACAGGAAGGGCGUUCCAAAUAGUUGGACCAGCAAAUGCAGAUUCUAAGCUUUUAUAUUGUCUCGGGAUCUGUUGAUGAUAAAUUUGUUUCCCUAUGAGCAUUUAUUUGAUGGAUGACAAAGAAGAAACUUAAUAUUAGAAUGAAUUGAAGUUCUGUUUAUUUUUUUCAGCAUAUUAAAACAUGAUCAACAUGUAAUGCAAGCCACUAACUUUUUUUGUUUGAAAAGAGCCCUAAAAUUCCAUAUCCAUGUAUAAUAUUAUCUGUUAAUCUUGUUCCAUAGCAUUAUUAAUAAUGCAAUACACAUUUACAAAAGAAAUUAAUUUAAUUAAUAUAAAGUAUAAAUGUCAAAAUCAUUUAAAUUAUUAUGAAAUUUAAAAUGAACUGGGUUCAUACCAAAUAGCAUACAUCUAAGCUAAUAUUCUGUCAAGGGGAAGCUACUUACAUUUGUUGCUUUAUAUGCAGGUCAGAUGCAUUUAUAAAAUUAAACAACAGUGGGACCUGAAAAUGAACUUGGUCAUGCCCAUGCCUUUAAUUUAAGACUUACUUCAUGUUCUGUUGUUUAAGAUGUAUAAAAAAAUUAAUAGUUUUAAUUUGAAAUAAAAAUAUAUACUCUUGUUGUUGUCAGUGAUAAUAUAAUUAGCAUUUUCACUUUUAAAGUAGUCCCAUGCUUCUGUUACUUUUUUUUAGUUUGCUAAAAGAGCUUCUCACAGUCCCAUUUCUCCCUUCAGAAAUAGAGUAAGUAUAAAACGUUGAUCUGUUUGUGAACUGGUGGUUUUAGAGACAAAUACAUUUUUAACUUGCAAAGUCUUGGAAAAAUAAUAAUUGCAUAUAAUUUUCUAUGCUAUUAAAGAUUACAAAAUAAGUUUUUUUUUAAAAAGGAGGCUAAGUUAUCAAAAGAUUUAAAAAUUAAUACAUUAAAAAUAAAAACUCAAGUUGAAACAAUAUUCAACAUUGAAGGUCACAUUCAUUGGUGAGUUCUUGGCAUACUCAGAUAGAUUACUAUUAUCUUUAGCCUUUUCCUAAUCUCAUAAUUGGAUGGUUCAAAAUAAAUUUGCUGUUCUUGAACUGUUUUUUCCUGGUAGCUGUGGACAUGCAAUCAAAUUACGACUAUAGAAAAUAAUCUUAAAUCUUAAUGCUAGUAACUGUACUGAUUCUUGUCUAAGCCCACUUGGUUGUUGCAUAGAAUGUUAUAUAUCAAAGGAAGACGUAGGUUACAAAAAGAAAAAAAAUGAGAAGAUAUAAGAAUAUUACUUAAUAUUUUUUCUAUCUCUUCAUAGCAAAACAUAUGAACUUGGAGAGUUUGAAAACAGUAUUAACUACAAAAAUAUUCAGGCAGAUCAACUUUUGGGCAGAUUUUUUAAGUAAGUCUAUUUACAAAUUAAUAGCUCUUAAACAAAUCUGUUUUUAACACUUGUGUCUUAUUAUUGCUUAAAAAAGCAAAUUAAUUUUAACUUUGGAGACUUUUUACAAAUCAAAUAAAGAGAGCAAUAUGUACCAUAUUUUCUGGCGUACAAGAUGACUUUUUAAACCAUGAAAAUCUUUUCAAAAGUCGGGGUUGUCUUAUAUGCAAGGGGUCAUCUAAUAAGCUGGUAUACGGCGUGCUGAAACUUCAGGGACAGGCAUCCUCUAGCUGAGCCUCCGUGCGGUGCAUGCCGGCAAAAGAUGAAAAUUGCAAAAAAAAUUUGAUCCCAAACAGCGCAAUAAACAUGGCUAUAUGUUAAGUAGUAUUGAAAAUAUGGAUGAAACUCGAGUGAAUUUUUAUAUGGUUGGAAAUAAAACUCUCCAUCCAAAGGUGAAUAUUUAAAAAAAAUUAAAACAAUUAAUUUUUAUUUGGUGUGCACAGGAAGAGGAGUAGUCUUAUACUUGAGUAUAGCCCAAACCCUAUAUUUUAACAGGAAAAGUAGAGAGUCGUUUUAUACACCCAGUCAUCAUACGCCAGAAAAUAUGAUACUUGUUAUUUAUGUAUACAUUUCUUUCCAUAAUAAUCACAAUUUGUUUUUCAGGUACUGCAAAAUGGUUGUUGAUUUUACUUCAGAUGAGGCUUUUAAAAAGUUACGACAUUGUGAGGAGCAGCUGAAAAAGAAGACAUAUUUGUACGUUUUAAAAUACAUGAGUUAUAGAAAUCUAAUUCAAUAAAUGUUUACAAAUUUGUCAUCUAGAAGCCAAUUUAAUUUGAUUAAAGUAUUUAAGACAUUAAAAAUUAAAUUUGGUUAGUAUCACCAUGUAUACUCAGGUAAAGGUCGCACUUUUUUAACAGUAUUUUUAAAAUAAAAAUCAAGUGGGGGACAAAUCCAAUCAACAUCACAGGGAUCUAAAGUAGAUGGUGCAUACCAAUAGACCAACCGCGUAGCAUGGAUUCAAACAUAGCAACUAAAGUGAGAAAGAGAGAGAAAACAAAUUUUCCCCGCCACAGUAGAGGGCAGUCUGUGUUUUUAGGUUUAUUGAAGAUCACGUAGUUUAUGAUCAUUGCUUUUCAGUUUUCAAGUUGUUAUUGAAACAUUUUGUCACAUCUGUUAUAUUAGUUGUAUUUAAGAUAAAAAGGAACGUGUAACUCCUAAAAAAAAGGGGAAGCCUAUCUGCUGGUCAGCCGCAAAUAUGCUAUUUGACAACCCCAAACUAAGGGUGUAACCUAUCCACUGUUGUGACUUAAGUGCGAGUAUACAGUAACUUAAACACAUGAAUUUGAAAUAAAAUAAAAUUGUUUGGCUAUUUGUUUGAACACAAAGUUAGACACAAGAAUAUAUAGAUAAUAAUGAGAUCGACUAAGUUGAAGCAUAUUACAUGGACAUAUUUGUCAUUGCAUAAACCUAAAUGGUAAUUAAAGUUGUUAAAAUAAAAUUAAUAUUUCUUUCUAAAUUCCCAUUGCAUCAUCAGUUCCAAAGACUCUUUGUCACUUCAGAGAAUGAAGAAAGAGGAAAGAGAGAAGAAUCUUGCUAAUGCAAAGCAAGAAACUAGGUUUGUUAAGAGAGUUGUCUAGAUGUGAGCACAGGUUACUUUUAAAAAAGUAAUUAAGAAGAUAAAACAAAUUGAUGAAAACGAAAUUUUAUUAUGGUGUCUUCAUUUUGAUUUUGUGUUUGACCAAUCAGUCGUUCUUUUCAGGAUCUGCAAAUGAUAAUUAAAUUAUUAACUAACUUUCUUGGACUAUCAUUAUUUAUUUACAACAAUUAUUUCUGGACAGCCUCCUUGGCAACUUUGUGAAGCUGGUUGAUCAGUUGAUUGUGGAACACAUGUUUGAGAUCACCAAAACACAAACUAUCUUUUUUGUCAACAAAGUCCUCAGUGUUGGAUUAGAUGCACCUAGAGAAGGUUUCUUCAAGGCCAAUUUGGUUUUUGAUAAGGAAGGCAAGUGCUUCAAAUAA